AUGAUUGCACCCAUUCGUGCUCUUCAAAAGCAGCAUCCAAUGGCUGCUCAACUUAUUGGCCGUCGGUCCUCUGCCAUCACCAAUAAUUCUUAUUCUAGCUUUACCACACGGGUUGUUGGAAGCACCGCAAGUGAACUAUUGACCCAAACUUCUUCUUCGAGCUCUCGGCAGAUGAGAAGCUUCUCGUCGCCGCCACCACCACCAGGAGGUCCGGGCAAUAUGGGAAGCAUCUUUGGGCAGCAGCGAACCCAAUCCUAUCUCGAUGAAUUCACUGUGGACCUUACCAAACUAGCUCAAGAAUCCGCUGAAAAGAAGAAGUUGGAUCCCAUCAUCGGACGUGAUGAUGAGAUUCGACGUUGUUUGCAGAUACUUGCCAGACGAACCAAGAACAAUCCCGUCUUGAUUGGUCAACCCGGAGUGGGCAAGACAGCGAUUGCCGAGGGAUUGGCUCAACGAAUCGUCACGGGGUUAGUUCCAGAGAGCAUGAAACAAAAACGAGUGCUCAGUAUGGAUGUGGCUUCUCUUAUUAGUGGUGCCAUGAUGCAGGGGCAAUUUGAAGAACGACUUAAGGGAAUCAUUCAGGAAGUGAGUCAAGCGAAAGGAGAAAUCAUAUUGUUUGUGGACGAGUUGCACACCAUGGUGGGAGCUGGAAAAGGACAAGGGAGUCUGGACAUGUCAAACAUUCUCAAGCCAGCAUUGGCCAGAGGAGAUUUACAGCUUUUGGGUGCCACUACCCUGGAUGAAUUUCGCAUUAUCGAAAGCGAUGCUGCCCUGGCAAGACGCUUUCAGUCUGUCUAUGUGGAAGAACCUUCGGUCGAAGAUACCUUGAGCAUUUUGCGAGGUCUCAAGCCACAUUACGAAUUACAUCACAGCGGUCUUCGCAUCAAGGACGAAGCUCUAGUGGCCGCGGCCAAUCUGAGUGAUCGGUACAUUUCAGACAGGUAUCAACCCGACAAGGCGAUUGAUUUGGUCGAUGAAGCUUGUUCUCGGUUGCGGCUGGAACAAGAGAGCAAGCCGGAAAUCUUGUGGAAGAUGGAACGUGAUUUGAUUACCAAACAAAUGGAACUAGCUGCUCUGCAAGGCGAAGACGAUCUUGAUUCGAAAAGACGAUUGAAAGAUGUCGAAUUGGAAGUCAAGGCACUUCAAGCAAAGGCCGAAAAGAUUACCAAUAUUUGGCAAGCCGAACGCAACGAGUUGAAUCGAGUCAAGGACCUCAAAGAAGAGUUGGACCAAGCUCAGAGGGAUAUGCAAUUGGCUCGUUCUAAGGGAGACUACACCAAGGCUGGAGAAUUGUUGCACUCCACCAUUCCCAACUUAGAAGAUGAAAUUGAAAUGCUGGAACAAGAAGGAGAUGCUGGUGGUGCUUCGAGCAAGCGAAAGAAGAGGCUAUUGUCAGAUUCGGUGACAGCUGAUGCCAUUGCCACCAUUGUCGCUCGUCACACUGGGAUUCCAGUCUCGCGUAUUACGGGCAGUGAAUCUCGCAAGCUAUUGAAUAUGGAAGAUCAAUUGCGCAAACGAGUGGUAGGUCAAGACCACGCUUUGGAGGCAGUGAGCAAUUGUGUUCGUCUGGCUCGUACUCGGUUGCAAGAAGAAGAUCGAACCUUGGGCAAUUUCUUCUUCUUAGGCCCGAGUGGUACAGGCAAGACUGAGACUUGCAAGGCAUUAGCAGAAUUUAUCUUUGAUGACCCCGAUGCCAUGACUCGGAUUGACAUGUCGGAAUACAGUGAAAAGCAUACGGUCUCGCGAUUGAUUGGAGCUCCACCGGGGUAUAUUGGAUAUGACCAAGGCGGUGUGUUGACAGAAGCAGUGCGACGCCGUCCGUAUCAAGUCAUUUUGCUCGACGAAUUUGAAAAAGGGCAUCCCGAAGUUUGGAACAUUCUUCUCCAACUCUUUGAUGAUGGUCGAUUGACAGACUCUCACGGUCGGGAAGUGAAUUUCAGCAAUGUCAUUGUUGUGAUGACCUCCAACUUAGGAGCUCAAAUCAUUGCCGACGCACCCUCGCAUCUUCAAGGAAGUGAACCUGAAAUCCAAGAUGCCAUCAUGAGGGUAGUUCGACAAACACUGAGUCCCGAAUUGAUCAAUCGCAUUGAUGAAACGGUGGUCUUCAAUCGACUUCAACGCGAUCACAUGGAUGUGAUUGCAGACAUGGGAAUAGCCAAGAUUGCCGAUCGCUUGCAAGGUGGGCAGCAGAUGGAAAUUGAUAUUAGUGAUUCUGCCAAAGCUUGCAUUGCCGAAAGUGGAUUUGACAUUCGGUAUGGAGCUCGACCUCUGAAGCGUGCUUUGGUCAAGGAACUUUUGAAUCCGUUGAGUCGACUUGUACUGGAAGGAUCGGUGCGAGAAGGAGACACUGUUCGAGUUCGAACUCGCGGAGAAGCUCUGCAACUUCAAAAGAAAGGUGAAGCAGGGCUAGGAUGGGCUUCUGGUAGUAGUACCAUGUCCGAGAAUAAGAAUGAUGUAGUCGUUUUGAAGAACCAUGAAGGAUUCUUAACGGAGGAUGAUGACGAGAGUGCUUCUGAGGAUGAGGCCGAUGAUUGGCUCAACGAUGAUUUGCACGCAUAA